CUGCUCGGCGCGCAGAGUUGGGGGCUGCGCCGUUGCUAUGUACCGCCUGGUGCGCCUGGGCCCGCUGCGGCCCCCGGCCAUCCCGCGCAGCCCCCCGCUCCUCGCCGCCUUCCCCCGAACCUUGGGCUACGGUCCCCGCCUCCCCCGGGUUGGUCUCAGCCCGCCGCUGCCCCCAGUCGUGACGCUGAGAGCCGCCGCCGGCACCUCCGCCAAGGAUGCAGGUGUAUCCCCUGAAAAGGCUGCCACGGAUCCCAGUGAUGAAAAGAAGAAACUCAACAAAUCCCAGCAACUGAAACAAGUUUUCAAGGAAUAUGGUGCUGUAGGGGUUUCAUUCCAUGUUGGAAUUUCAUUAGUAUCUCUAGGAAUCUUCUACCUGGCAGUGUCAAGCGGUGUGGAUAUGACUGCGGUUCUCUUCAAGCUUGGUUUCAGUGAAUCAUCCUUGCAAUCUAAAAUGGCUGCUGGUACAAGCACGUUUGUGUUGGCAUAUGCUAUCCACAAAUUGUUUGCCCCGGUCCGAAUCAGCAUCACUAUCGUUUCCGUGCCACUUAUUGUCCGAUACUGCCGCAAGAUUGGUUUCUUCAAACCUCCUGCCCCAAAUCCAUGAUGAUUUCUUACUGGUUUUUUACUCUGUUUUUUAAAUGCUUCUAUAUCCAUGUAGCUUUUCAGAUUGCUAGAUUUCUUGGGAGGACUUAUUUGAAUUCAUGUUAAUGCUGACCUCCUCUUGUAUUUCUUACUUGUUCUUUCAGGUCAAUGUUACACUGUGAAAAGUGCUGUUCUCAUCUCCUUUCCCUUUUGCCACCUCUUCUUUAGAAAAACCUGGUAAAAUGAUAUCUAGUUUCCACUGCAAGUGGUAACAAAAAUGCUUGACAAUGAGCAGUCUGUUUAGAACACUCAGUUCUAGGUUUUUAUGAUUUAGCUUCUUGGGCCUUAAUUUUUUUCUUGUCAAAAUAGUGGCAGCAUUAGUUUAUUACUGUGCAGUUGAGAAACAGAGUAAGAUUUUCUUCCUAAAAGCCUGUGGAAUAAACUAUAUCCUAUGACAUGAA